ACAAUAGACUGGGAGAGAUAUUGUAGGCUGGGAGAGACAAUUCUACACACAUCUAGGUUAUAUAAAUUUGAAACUGUGUAAGAAUGAAUAGGUACAGUUAUCUGUGUAGGUAUAGAUAACUUUCUGUAUCUGUAAAGGUCCUUCGCUUGACAGUGAAGGAGAAGCAAGAGACAUAACUCUUUACUGAUUCCUAAGGUAUCCAUUGCAACUCUUGGUUGAGAUUUUUUUUAAAAAAAGAAACCCUCAUCAUAUACAGGAGGAAAAUUAAACCAUAAGGAGGCACAGGAAGAAAACUAUUUAAUUUGAAGAGACACCAGGAAGGGAAACAUCAACCAAGCAGUAUUCAAUGCACAGAAUUCGCUUCUAUCAUAGGAUAAUUCUUCAGGGGAAAAUAAAUACGAAAAGAAUAUGAGGUCCUAUGGUAUUGUCCUGGCUUUCAGCCUUAUCUCUUUGGUCACUGAAGCUCGUGAAAGUCCACUGAUGCAAACUCUGAACUGUUCCACUGAUUAUGAGUCAUCUACAGCAUGCACCUGGUUUGAACGACAGGAGGCAAGGAGCCUUGUCAACAUGACCCUUUUCCAUAGCGACACUUAUCUGAGCCUCGAAAACAUGACAUGCAAUUCCCAAAAAGUAGGCUCUUUAAUACAGUGGGAGUGCCACAGGACGCAGACUUUAUUCAACAUAUGGCUGAAGAAUAUCUUCAUUUUCAAACCACAGCUGUCACUGGAGGCCCAACUGAAUGUCAGCAUCUUCAAUAACAUCCAGCCUCUGCCACCCCAAAAGCUAGUGGUGAGUGUUACAGAAGAUGGUGACUCCUUGUUGAUAUGGGAACCAGGUGAUGGAAUGAAUAGAAGCCAUUGGUUGAAUGGUGCCCUGGAUUUUGAAGUCACCUACAAACGGUUUUGGGAACCUUGGGAGGAUGCUUCCUCUCUUGUGGUCUCAAAUGCCUCCCACUGUCUUCUCCGACAUGAUAAACUUGUGUCUGGGAACACCUAUGUUGCUCGUGUUCGAAGCAAGUCUGGUCGAGAGAGCCAGCUUGCUGGGCAAUACAGUGACUGGAGCUCUGUGGUAACUUGGGAUACCCCAGAAGAUGAAGUUGAAGCUCAGCCCAAGAAUCUUCGAUGUCGAUUUAACAGCAUCAACCAAUUAAAAUGCAGCUGGGAGGUGAGGCAAGAGGUCACCAGUUCAGUUUUGUUCGCCUUGUUCUACAAAGACAAUCCAGCAUCACAAGAGGAGGAAUGCUCUCCUGUUCAUGAAAAGGAACUGCCUUCCAGCCCUCUCAACAGCCCUCAUCAUGUCUUGCAAAGCUGUGAGAUCAGUGUCACCAACCCAAAUGGACAAAGCCAAUACCUUGUGACUGUACGACCAAAAGAAGAAAAGAGAGAGGUGGAUGCGAAAAUGCAAAUUAAGACAGCUCCACCAUAUGACUUGUCUGUGACAGUACUGAAUUAUCAUACAUACAGACUGCAAUGGAAGGACAAAGUUCCUCUAAACUUUAAACAGAUGUAUCAGAUUUCAUACUGGAAGACUGGAAACCCUUUGGAGGCCAAAUAUAUCAAUGCUGGUAUUGGUGAGAAAGAGUAUACCUUUACAUCAGAGUUCCUGCAGCCAGGUUUGAGUUACACAGCAAAAGUACAGGCAAAAGUGCAUGAAGAUGGCUGUGAUGGGCCAUGGAGUGAAUGGAGCAAGGAAUUUCAGUGGACCACAAACAAUGUUUUUCCACCUUGGGUUAUUCUACUGAUAGGAGUGAUUUUUAUCAUUUUAUUAAUGGCGGGCCUCUACUUUUGCUAUAAAUAUCUUCUUAGCAAGAAAAGAAAAUGGGAAGCAAGCAUCCCAAGUCCACCCAGGACACUUCUGCUCCCAGGCGUUUUUCAGAAAGUGGCAUUACCAGAUGACCCAGAAGACAGAAAUAGCCAGAGCUACAGGAAAAUGCUAGCAAUCUAUCCAGAGUCUCCCCCAGCUGAGUUAAGGAAAACAGAACAAUUUCCAAUUUCUUCUCAGACUAUGGAAAAAGUCGGACUCCCAACUGUAAGCAAAGCUGGCCAAUUUUUGACACAAAGUGCUGCUGAAAAGAAAGUUAUCAGUAAUCAUAAGAUUCAGAUUUUUGAUUAUGAUGGUCCAUACUUACAUUGCCCUCCAGAAUCUUCUCUACCUGAUAUUUCACAGGAUGUGCAAGCUCCACCAACAGAAAAAAUGAAGAAACAUAUGGGAUUGCCUCGUUGCUUGUGCCCCCAGCAGCUACCAAUGGGAAAAGAAAAGGGGGCAGUUCCAUUAUUUCUUGCUAUCAGUGAUGAGUGGGAGGAGGAGAAGCAGCAACAUUUGAAAAGGCAAGAAGGAUCUCAAAGAGAUAAAUCAGGGAAAGAAAAAAGCAAAGAGGAGAGACCACAGCAUCUUCCUGAGACAAACAGCCUUGGUCAAAAUGGAGCUUUGGAUUACAUUGCCACUGAAAAUUUAUCAAUAAGCAAAGAAGAGGGCUCUUUACUUUGGAUACCUGCUUUGGCCUCAGAGAAAAGGAUCACUGACUGCACUAAUAUGGCAACAGGUGUACCUGAAACAACUGCAGAUCUCUCAAGCUCUAAGAUGGGACAGAAGAAACCAGAAAUUGUGCUAUCAUCUCAGGGACAAAUACCAACUGUUCCUUCAGCAGCAUCCCAAGAAGCAUUUGAUGACUACAUUAUGAGCCUUUCUGUGACCCCAGGAUCUAUGCUGAAGGAAGGACUUGCUUUCUCCUCAGAGGACCCCAAGCUCAACAAGGGAUUUCUUAUAUUCAACCCUGACAACAAGAGCCCUGUUUUAUUAAGCCAAGUGGGAGAUUACUGCUUCUUUCCUGGCUUCAAGCCCAGCAAGGAAACCCCCAAGAAUCCAGUGGGAACUGCAGAGCACAACAUUUCACAAACUGGCUCUAAAGUCACAAAGCCUCUUGAUGACAGCCAACCUGGUAGAAGCAAGCUACAGAUUUCCUUCUCACCUCUGCCAAAAUGUGAGGUUUAAAUGUCUCCAUCCAGUGUGCCAUGAUGGGGAUAAAAAGGCCAUGUCCUCCUCACCUGACCUACAUUAAACCAUGAAGGGGUCAGUGGGGUUGUGGGGCUGGGCCAUAGGGCUGACAUCCCAGGGUCUUUUGAUGAGCAGGGACUGUGAUGUUAUCCUGCACUCCACUUGGACUGGAUGGUUCCCUCUGCAUUUAGUUUUAUUUCCCACAGUACUUGGAAGAGGAAUGAAUUCUCCCAGAAACAAUAUAUUAUAGGCAUUCCCUAUUGCAAUCCAAAAUAUUUGAGGAGAGGAUGGCUUGGCCUUGAGUGGCAAGAACUGUUAGAUUUACAAAAUAUCUGCUUCUGGUGGAGAUAACUGCUAGAAAUAGUUUUAGAUCAAUAGAGCUGCCUGUUUUUGAACACUCUGUGAGAGUGUUCCUAUAGUAAUUGUCUUGAAGAAGGCUUGUACUUCAAAAUUUACCCUUAUGCCAGUGGAGACAGGGUUGAGGAAUCCCUUCCCUUGGCAGUUCAACAUGGAUCAGCAGAGGUGAGGUGCUGGAAAGCAAGUGAGUGUGUGUGUGUGUGUGAGAGAGAGAGAGAGAGAGAGAGAGAGAACAUAAGGAAAGAGAUUGUGUGUGGUAUGGAUGUGUGAAUGGUGUGUGAGAUGAUCAAACAGUCACAACUCUCUUUGGCGUAAUUCCAAAGUCACCCAAAAAGUUGUCAGUUACCACUUACUGUUAUUUAAAAAACUCUCUGCUUUCCAUUUUCUAACUUGCACACUUAUUACUUAUAAAAAAUUUUUUUUGGAUGCUACACUGCCUUACAAUACAAAAUACAGCCAUAUCUCAGUUAACAAAACCUCUGAGAGUGGGAAUCUUUUUUACAAAGUGGGUUUUUUUAAAUACAUGCCAAGCACUCCUUUCUUCUUUGUCCUCUGUUUAGCUGGAAAUUGUUAAAGCAGCACCAUCAUUAGAAGGCUGGUGAAAGAAGAUCGGAGUAACAUAGACUUUUGGUGUGAGGUUGAAGCAGAUGUCUGCAGUAAACAAUGCAAUAAAACUUACAUUGGGCUAGAAUGGGAUUCUACUCUAGCUGAUUCUACUGUAGCUGUGUGCACCUGCCAACAACAGGCAAGCUAAAUAGUAGUUGCCUCCAGAGCCCCUUACUAAGCAUGUAUGAAGAGGAAAAUAGAGAGUAAGGGGGAGAGCUGACAAACUUGCCUAACCAGCUACCCUCAGCAUGGUAAGCAAGGAUACCUCUAUAAAUUUGGCCACCAAAAUGGGAAUCAUAAGGAAAGCAGAGGUUGGUGAAAGAAAAGGUCAUCCUUGGAAGAAUGCUUGAAUUUUGGAAGAAGCUCUCAAGUGGUCUCUAGAAGGUUCAAAAAAGAAACAACAUGUUUUUAUUUGACUUACCUGACCUCUUUUUUUCUUCAUAUCUCAUGCACAUAUAUUCUUAGUUUUGAGUAAAAACAUUGCUGAAAAUGUUGAACUCCUCUUUAUAGAUCUAUGCUCAUUUUUAAGAACAUAUUGGAAGGAGUUGCUUCUGUUAAAG